UACCACAGCAGAAUGUUGCUGCAGGUUCUGUGCGCCUUGUUUCUGUGGGGAUCGGCGUUUUCUGACACAACCGUCACAAUCUACAACGAGUGGCUUUCCCAGGGUGGACGUGUCCAUUAUGAAGUUGAACGAUGGAACAAAAUUAAUGGUCUAACCCACUUGAACCUAAUUCCAAAGUGUAAGGCUAUUGGAACAGCUGCCGGGCGUUGGGUGAACAGAGACAAAUCGCUUUUUCCAAACUGGCCCCAAAGUCAUAGUCACCAUGGUUACCCAGAUCCGACCCAUCUCCAGGACCAUGCACUCCAGACAAAGUCAUUCACAUAUUACAUGGAACAACUGGCUAACUAUGGCAAUAACAUCUCCGACAUGGUCUGGAACAUAGAAGCUAGGCACUGGCCCGCCUGGAUAAAUAAAUCUAAUCAUCAUGACGGAUUCCCGAACAACGUUGACGCUGCAUCAGAGUUUGUAUCGCUGAUGGUUCAGAGUGCCAAGGACUACACAGGAGGCCGCAUACCCAAAAUAUUUGAAGUCAUCAAUGAACCUGAUUGGUACGAAGAUAUUAUUGACCCACAAACGAAUAUAAACUUCCACAGGGCCGUCGCCGACAAGCUGAAAUCAAGAAUUGGAAUGAAAGUUGCCGGACCAUCGUACACCAGCAUGGCCUUACGCGAUUCAGAUGAAAAUAACUUCAGCUCCUGGAAGAGAACUGCAAAGUUUCUGGACAUGUCUCUCGAUCACUUGGACUUUUUCUCUUUCCAUUCCUACAACAACCUGCAUAUAUCAGGUGGAAAUUACACCUACUAUGGAAUCAAUGAAGCUCGCCUGUAUGCUUCUCUUGACAUGGUGGAGAAUUACUCCCAUAUCAAGAAAGGAAAGAACGUUCAGUUAGUUAACACUGAAUUUGGAUUAGGUCUAGGUAACCUGCAAUCCCAAUUUGGCCCAACUUUUGAAAACGGAAUGAUUGACUUUGAAACAAUUUACCAAGAAAAUGGCUUCAUGUUUACUUUCCUUAACCUGAGAGAGUUCAUCGAACGAGUUACAGUAUUUCUUCUUUCAAACGAACAAUUCCCGGGCCAUACUGCCCUCCGAAAAUCGUUGUUUACCAAGGAUGGUCAUCCUCUUCAAAAUACGAAAUUCUUCCUGUUUUGGAAAAACUUCAUCAAUGAUCAAAAGUUUCUCCGAGUCUCCAGUCAAUACAAUGGACAGGAGAGAAUUGUUUCACCUCUUGCCCUAGCAAAUCCUCGCACCAAAGAGAUGGUGGUUCUACUCCACAACUAUGGCAGUAAAUGGCAAAAUGUAAAACUGGACUUUCCCAACAGCUGGCUUAACCCUACUACGGGUGAAAGAACAUGCGUUCUGUUCGAAAAUGAUAACCCAGCUAUUCAUUCCAACUACCAUUUCGACAGGUCUAAGCUUCAUGGCACCAUUGGUCUACCUGGAUCGUCAACCUGCUUUUACAAGUUCAAAACCAACUACACCUUUGGCGGAAUACGCACGGACAACGAGAACACAUACUAUGGCAAGAACAUGCUCAUCCCUAUCAGCAACGGACAUGCGCAGACAACCAUCCAUCUACCUAGCUCUGGAUAUCACACUGCCCAUCUUAGAGUAGGAGUUAGCCGCGACAAGAAUGCCAAUGCAAAACCCAAGGCAGUUGUGUUCAAUGGCCACACGUUGUCUUCAAGCUACAUGCUGUUUGAUGCCAUGAAGAUUGACGGAAAAAAAGUGGAACGCGUGGGUGUUCAAAGUCCCUCAAUCACAGGUCAACACAUCAAAUACCGUCAGCAUGACCUUCGAUGGGGAUGGUGGUCAGGUGACAUCUGUCGCUCUCGUUGCUGGAAAACUUCAUUAGAUAAAAUCUUCUUCAAGAAUAGUUUUUUGUUGAUUUAA